AUGGCUGUUAUCGCCUCUUUCGCCCACGCCCGCAACUUCCGCCGCGCCCACCAGGCCCGCGCCGCGCUCGAGUUCCGCGAUGUCGCCACCACCGCGGACGGCCAGCCGGUCGUCGACCCCCUCCCCUCCUCGGUCAAGGUUUUGACCGCGUUUUUCGUUAUCCUGGGCGCGUUGGUUUUGGGGAUCAUCACCUGGCGGAUCGUCGUGUGGAGGCGCCGGAAGGCGUUCCCCGCGUCGGCGACGUACCGCCAGAGCUCCUUCAUCCCCUCCGAGAAGAUUCGACCGCUCGCGGACGGUGCCCCGUCGGAGAAGUCAGAGGUGCUCGUGAUCCUGCCCAUCGAGCCCCCCGCCGCGCGCGCCGCGGAGAGCGGCAAAUGGGUCCCGCAAAUCAGGUCUGUCGGCGGCGGCGGCGGCGGGUGGGUCCCCCAGAAGUUCGGGAACACCAAGGCCGACACCGUCGCCUUCGUCGACAUCAAGCACCCCGAACAGCCCCCGCGCCCGCCCGCGCUGAACCUGCCCCCGGUGACCGCCGCGGUCGACGAGCACAGCAACCUGCUCGUCCCCGCCGCGUCGUCGCCCGUGCCGAGCCCGCGCCGGACGUCGUCCUUCCUCGACACCCCGCAGCUCAAGGCGAAGCCGUCGAUCAAGGUCACGGGCCAGAAGCUGCCGCGCCGGAUGCUCGUCGAGCACACCUUCGUGCCCUCGCUCGCCGACGAGCUCUCGAUCAAGGUCGGCGACGUCCUCCAGAUGCUCGAGGAGUACGAGGACGAGUGGUGCCUGGUCGAGCGCAUCGGCUCCCGCGCGGGCGAGCGCGGCGUCGUCCCCCGCUUCUGCCUCAAGGAGCGCCCCCGCGGCCACAAGCGCGGCGCGUCCUCCGCCAGCCACGCGUCGUCGACCAAGAGCGGCGCGAGCCGCCGGUGA